AUGGACGUGGCCGGAGAAGAACCACCCCAUCAAGGGGUCACCACCACCGCAACCACUCCUACCAUCACCAAAACUCAAACCACAUCAAAGACCUCACCAACUACUACCACCAUCUCCACCACUACUCCCAUUUUCACUACCCCAAUUUCUACUUUAACAUCAAAAACGUCUACCACCACCACAACCACAAUAAGAGCCCCAACAACUACUACCACACCUACCAUUUCGUCUGCGACUACUAAUUCAAUAACCAUUACCCCGAUUUCUACUUCACCUUCAAAAACUUCUACCGCCACCACAACUUCAAUUAUUACCACAACAACUACUACCACACUUAUCAUUUCCUCCCAAACUACUAAAUCAACAGUCACUACUCUAACCACCUCUGCAAUUUCAAAAACUUCAGCCAUUACCACUAUUAGUUCUUUAAUCACUAUAACCAACAUCACCUCUACGACUACCACUAUCUCCUCAAUUACUAAAUCAACCAUUACUACAACUACAUCCUCUACUACUGAUACUACAUCAAUUACCACUAUUAUUAUUAGAAAUAACACUUCACCUUUGACCAUUUUUUCAACCACCCCAACUACUUCUACCAGCACCGCUGCUACUUCUACAACUAGUGUAAAUAUUGAAUUUGUUAAUGGAACUACUUUUACUACUAUUUUAACUACAGCAACUAUUAGUGUAAAUAGUGUUAAAACUACUGCUGCUACUACUUCUGCCACUAAUACUGCAAUUGCAAUUAAUGCUUCGACUACUGCAAUUAAUGGUACUAAAACUGAAACUACUACGACCAAUACUACUACUACUAAAAAAACUACUAUCAAUGCGGCAACUAAUGUUACUACUAUUGCAACUACAGAAAUUACCGCAUUUACUACUGCAAAUACUGCUUCAACUUCAGCCAUCUCAGCUCCAACUUCUACAACUAAUGAAAUUACUACUACAAGCAGAGUUGCUACCAUUGCAACUAUUACUACUGCAACUACUGCAACUAGUACUACUGCAACUAGUACUAUUGCAACUACUGCAACUAGUACAAAUGAAAGUACUGCAACUAAUUCUGCUGAAACUACUGCAACAAGUACUAAUGCAACUACAGAAACUAGUACUAAUGCAACUACUGCAACUAAUACAACUGCAACUACUGCAACUAAGACUACUGCAACUAGUUCUAUUUCAACUACUGCAAAUAGGAGUACUGCAACUAGUACUACUACUGCAACUACUGCAACCACUACUACUGCAACUAGUACUAUUGCACCUAGUACUACUGCAACUAGUACUACUGCAUCUAAUACUACUGCAACUAGUACUACUGUAACUAGUACUACUGCACCAAGUAAUACUGCAACUAUUACUACUGUAACGAGUACUACUGCAACUAUUACUACUGCAAAUAGUACUACUGCAACUACUGCCACUAGUACUACUGUAACUAGUACUACUGCAACAAGAAAUACAGCAACUAGUACUACUGUAACGAGUACUUCUGCAAUUACUGGAACUAGUACUACUGCAAUUACUGCAACUAGUACUACUGCAACUACUGCACCUAGUACUACUGCAACUAGUACUACUGCAACUAGUACUACUGCAACUAGUACUUCUUUAACUAGUAUUACUACACCUGGUACUACUGCAACUAGUACUAAUGUAACUAGUACUACUGCAACUAGUACUACUAAAACAAGUACUACUAAAACAAGUACUAUUGUAACAAGUACUACUGCAACUAGUACUACUAAAACUAGUACUACUGUAACAAGUACUACAGCACCUAGUACUACUGUAACUAGUACUACUGCCACUAGUACUACUGCCACUAGUACUACUGCAAACAGUACUACUGCAACUAGUACUACUGUAACUAGUAUUUCUGCAACUAGUACUACUGUAACUAUUACUACUGUAACUAGUACUACUGCAACUAGUACUACUGCAACUAGUACUACUGCAACUAGCACUACUGUAACUAGUACUACUGCAACUAGUACUACUGCAACUAUUACUACUGUAACUAGUACUACUGCAACUAGUACUACUGCAACUAGUACUACUACAACUAGUACUACUGCAACUAAUACUACAGCAACUAGUACUACUGUAACUAGUAUUACUGCAAUUAGUACUACUGCAACCAGUUCUAUUGCAACAACUGCAACAAUUGCACCUAGCACUACUGUAACUAGUACUUCUGUAACUAGUACUACUGACACUAGUACUACUGUAACUAGUACUACUGCAACUAAUACUACUGUAACUAGUACUACUGCAACUAGUACUACUGCAACUAGUAAUACUGCAACUAGUACUACUGCAACGAGUACUACUGCAACUAGUACUACUGUAACUAGUUCUUCUGCAACUAGUAGUACUGUAACUAGUACUACAGCUACGAGUAAAACUGUAACUAGUACUACUGCAACAAGUACUACUGCAACUACUGCAACUAGUACUACUGCAAAUAGUACUACAACAACUAGUACUACUGCAACUAGUACAACUGCAGCUACUACAACUAGUACUACUGCAACUAAUGGAACUAAUCCUACUGCAACUAGUACUACUGCACCUAGUCUUACGGCAGCUUGUACUACUGCAGCUAGUACUACUGUAACUAGUACUACUGCAACUAGUACUACUGUAACUAGUACUACUGUAACAAGUACUACUGCAACUAGUACUACAGUAACUAGUACUACUGCAACUAGUACUGCUGUAACUAGUACUACUACAACUACUGCAACUAGUACUACUGCAACUAUUACUGUUGCAACUAGUACUACUGUAACUAGUACUACUGCAACUAGUACUACUGUAACUAGUACUACUGCAGCUUGUACUACGGCACCUAGUACUACUGCAACUAGUACUACUGUAACUAGUACUACUGGAACUAGUACUACUGUAACUAGUACUACUGCAACUAGUACUACUGUAACUAAUACUACUGCAACUAGUACUAAUGCUACUAGUACUACUGUAACUAGUACUACUGCAACUAGUAGUACUGUAACUAGUACUAGUGCAACUAGUAUUAUUGCAACUAGUAGUACUGUAACUAGUACUACUGCAACUAGAAAUACUUCAACUACUGCAACUAGUACAACUGCAACUAGUACUAGUGCAACUAGUACUACUGCAUUUAGUACUACUGCAGCUAACACUACUGCAACUAGUACUACUGUAACUAGUACUACUGCAACUAGUACUACUGUAACUAGUACUACUGCUACUAGUACUACUGUAACUAAUACUACUGCAACUGGUACUACUGUUACCAGUACUACUGAAACUAGUACAACUGCAACUAGUAGUACUGUAACUAGUACUACUGCAACUAGUACUACUGCAACUAGGACUACUGCAACUAGUACUACUGUAACUAGUACUACUGUAACUAGUUCUACUGCAACUACUGCAAUUAGUACUACUGCAACUAGUACUACUUCAACUAGUACUACUGUAACUAGUACUACUGCAACUAGUACUACUGCAACUAGUACUACUGCAACUACUACUUCUGCAACUAGUACUACUGCACCUAGUACUACUGCAGCUAGUACUACUGCAGCUAGUACUACUGCAGCUAGUACUACUGCAACAAGUACUACUGUAACAAGUACAACUGUAACUAGCACUACUGUAACUAGUACUACUACAACUAGUGCUACUGCAACUAUUACUACUGAAACUAGUACUACUGUAACUAGUACUACCGCAACUAGUACUACUGCAACUAGUACUACUGCAUCAAAUACUACUGCAACUAGUACUACUGUAACUAGUACUACUGUAACUAGUACUACUGUAACUAAUACUACUGUAACUAGUACUACUGUAACCAGUACUACUGCAACAAGAACUAUUGUAGCUUGUACUACUGCAGCUAGUACCACUGCAGCUAGUACUACUGCAACUAGUAGUACUGUAACUAGUACUACUGCAACUAGUAUUAUUGCCACUCGUAGUACUGUAACUAAUAUUACUGCAGCUAGUAUUUUUGCAACUAGUACUACUGCAACUACUGCAUCUAAUACUACUGCAACUAGUACUACUGUAACUUGUACUACUGCAACUACUGCAACUAGGGCUACUGUAACUAGUACAACUGCAACUACUGCAACUAGGACUACUGUAACUAGUACAACUGCAACUAGUACUACUUCAACUAGUAUUACUGCAACUAGUACUACUGCAACUAGUACUACUGCAACUAAUACUAAUGCAACUAGUACUACUGCACAUAGUACUACUGCAGCUAGUACUACUGCAGCUAGUGCUACUGCAACUAGUACUACUGUAACUAGUACUAUUGUAACUAACACUACUGCAACUAGUACUGCUGUAACUAGUACUACUACAACUUCUGCAACUAGUACUACUGCAACUAUUACUACUGUAACUAGUACUAUUCUAACUAGUACUACUGCAACUAGUACUACUGCAACUAGUACUACUGCAUCUAAUACUACUGCAACUAGUACUAAUGUAACUAGUACUACUGUAACUAAUACUACUGCAGCUAGUACUACUGCUGCUAGUACUACUGCAACUAGUACUACUGUAACUAGUACUACUGUAACUAGUACUACUGCAACUAGUACUAUUGUAACUAGUACAACUGCAACUAGUACUAUUGCAGCUAGUACUACUGCAGCUAGUACUACUGCAGCUAGUACUACUGCAACUAGUACUACUGCAACUAGUACUACUGCAGCUAGUACUACUGUAACUAGUACUACUGCAACUAGCAGUACUGUAACUAGUAGUACUGCAACUAGCAUUAUUGCCACUAGUAGUACUGUAACUAGCACUACUGUAACUAGUAGUACUGUAACUAAUAGUACUGCUACUAGCACAACUGUAACUAGUAUUACUGCCACUAGUACUACUGUAACUAGUACUACUGCAACUAAUUCUACUGCAUUUAAUACUACUGCAACUAGUAAUACUGCAACUAGUACUACUGUAACUAGUAUUACUGCAACUAGUACUACUGUAACUAGUACUACUGCUGCUAUUAGUACUGCAACUAGUAGUACUGUAUCUAGUACAACUGUAACUAGUACUACUGCAAAUAGUACUACUGUAACUAGUACUACUGCCACUAGUACUACUGUAACUAAUACUACUGCAACUAGUACUAUUGCAACUAGUACUACUGUAACUAGUAUUAUUGCAACUAGUACUACUGCAACUGGUACUACUUUAACUAGUUCUACUGCCACUAGUACUACUGCAACUAGUACUACUGCAACUAGUACUACUGCAUCUAAUACUACUGCAACUAGUGCUACUGCAACUAGUGCUACUGUAACUAGUACUACUGCAACUAGUUCUAUUGCAACUAGUACUACUGCAACUAAUCUUACUGCAACUAGUACUACUGCACCUAGUCCUACUGCAGCUAGUACUACUGCAGCUAGUACUACUGCAACUAGUACUACUGUAACAAGUACUACUGCAAUUAGUACUGCUGUAACUAAUACUACUACAACUACUGAAACUAGUACUACUGCAACAAUUACUAUUGCAACUAGUACUACUGUAGCUAGUACUACUUCAACUAGAACUACUGCAACUAGUACUAAUGCAUCUAAUACUUCUGUAACUAGUACUACUGUAACUAGUACUACAGCAACUAGUACUACUGUAACUAGAACUACUGCAGCUAGUACUACUGCAGCUAGUACUACUGUAACUAGUACUACUGUAACUAGUACUACUGCAACUAGUACUACUUUAACUAGUACUACUGCAACUAGUACUACUGCAGCUAGUACUACUGCAUUUAGUACUACGACAGCUAAUACUACUGCAACUAGUAGUACUGUAACUAGUACUACUGCAACUAGUACUACUGUAACUAGUACUACUGUAACUAGUACUACUGCAGCUAGUACUACUGCAACUAGUACUAAUGUAACUAGUACUACUGUAACUAGUACUAGUGUAACUAGUACUACUGCAACCAGUACUACUGCAUCUAAUAAUACUGCAGCUAGUACUACUGUAACUAGUACUACUGUAACUAGUACUACUGCAACUAGUACUACUUUAACUAGUACUACUGCAACUAGUACUACUGCAGCUAGUACUACUGCAUUUAGUACUACGGCAGCUAAUACUACUGCAACUAGUAGUACUGUAACUAGUACUACUGCAACUAGUACUACUGUAACUAGUACUACUGUAACUAGUACUACUGCAGCUAGUACUACUGCAACUAGUACUAAUGUAACUAGUACUACUGUAACUAGUACUACUGCAACAAGUACUACUGCAUCUAAUAAUACUGCAGCUAGUGCUACUGUAACUAGUACUACUGUAACGAGUACUACUGUAACUAGUACUACUGUAACUAGCACUACUGCAACUAGUACUACUGUAACUGGUACUACUUUAACUAGUACUACUAUAACUGGUACUACUGUAACUAGUACUAAUGCAACUAGUACUACUGUAUCUAGUACUACUGCAACUAGUACUACUUUAACUAGUACUACUGCAGCUAGUACUACUGCUGCUAUUAGUACUGCAAUUAGUACUACUGUAUCUAGUACUACUGUAACUAGUACUACUGCAACUAGUACUACUGUAACUAGUACUACUGCCACUAGUACUACGGCAACUAGUACUACUGCAACUAGUACUACUGCUACUAGUACUACUGUAACUAGUAUUACUGCAACUAGUACUACUGUAACUAGUACUACUGUAACUAGUAGUACUGCAACUAGUUUUAUUGCAACUAGUACUUCUGCACAUGGCUCUACUGCAACUAGUUCUACUGCAUCUAGGACUACUUCUAAGAGUACUACUAUUGCAACUAGUUCUACUGUACCUAGUACUACUGCAACUAGUACUACUGAACCUACUUCAACUAGUACUACUGCAACUAGUACUACUGCAACUAGUACUACUGCAACUAGUACUAUUGCAACUACUGCACCUUGUACUACUGCAACUAGUACUUCUGUAACUAUUACUACUGCAAAUAAUACUACUGUACCUAUUGCUACUGCAACUAAUACUACUGAAAUUAGUACUACUGCCACUAGUACUACUGCAACUAGUACUACUGCAAAUAGUACUACUGCAAAUAGUACUACUGUAACUAGUUCUUCGGAAACUAGUACUACUGUAACUAGUUCUACUGCAUCUAAUACUACUGCAACUAAUACUACUGCAACUAGUACUACUGUAACUAGUACUACUGUAACUAGUACUACUGUAACUACUGCAACUAGGACUACUGUAACUAGCACUACUGCAGCUACAACUACUGCAACUAUUACUACUUUACCUAGUACUACUGAAACUAGUAAAACUGCAACCGGUACUACUACAACUACUUCAACUAGUACUAGUGCAACUAUUACUAUUGCAACUAGUACUACCGUAACUAGUACUACUGCAUCUAAUACUACUGCAACUAGUACUACUGUAACUAUUACUACUGCAACUAGUACUACUGCAACUAGAACUACUGCAGCUAGUACUACUGCAGCUAGUACUACUGUAACUAGUACUACUGUAACUAGUACUACUGCAACUAGUACUACUUUAAUUAGUACUACUGCAACUAGUACUACUGUAACUAGUACUACUGCAACUGGUACUACUGCUACUAGUACUACUGUAACUAGUACUACUGCAACUAGUACUACUGCAACUAGUACUACUGCAACUAGUACUACUGCAACUACUGCAACUAGGACUACUGCAACUAGUACUACUGUAACUAGUACUACUGCAUUUAAUACUACUGCAACUAAUACUACUGCAACAAGUACUACUGUAACUAAUACUACUGUAACUAGUACUACUGUAACUACUGCAACUAGGACUACUGUAACUAGCACUACUGCAACUACAACUACUGCAACUAGUACUAGUGCAACUAUUACUACUGCAACUAGCACUUCUGUAACUAGUACUACUGCAACUAGUACUACUGUAUCUAAUACUACUGCAACUAGUACUACUGUAACUAUUACUACUGCAACUAGUACUACUGUAACUAUUACUACUGCAUCUAAUACUACUACAACUAGUACUACUGUAACUAGCACUACUGCAGCUAGUACUACUGUAACAAGUACUACUGCAACUAGUACUAUUGCAUCUAAUACUACUGCAACUAGUACUACUGUAACUAGUGCUACUGUAACUAGUACUACUGCAACUAGUACUCCUGUAACUAGUACUACAGUAACUAGUACUACUGUAACUAGUACUAAUGCAACUAGUACUACUUUAACUAGUACUACUACAGGUAGUACUACUGCUUCUAUUAGCACUGCAACUAGUACUACUGUAACUAGUACCAGUGUAACUAGUACUACUGCAACUAGUACUACUGUAACUAGUACUACUGGAACUAGUACUACUGUAACUAGUACUACUGCAUCUAAUACUACUGCAUCUAAUACUACUGCAACUAAUACUACUGCAACUAGUACUACUGUAACUAUUACUACUGCAACUAGUACUACUGCAACUAGUACUACUGCAGCUAGUACUACUGCAACUAGUACUACUGUAACUAUUACUACUGCAACUAGUACUACUGCAACUAGUACCACUGUAACUAAUACUACUGCAACUAGUAGUACUGUAACUUGUACUACUGCAACUAGUAAUAUUGCAACUAUUAGUACUGUAACUAGUACUACUGUAACUAGUACUACUUUAACUAGUACUACUCCAGCUACUGCAACUAGGAGUACUGUAACUAGUACUACUGUAACGAGUACUACUGCAACUAGUAGUAUUGUAACAAGUACUACUGCAAAUAGCACUACUGUAACUAGUACUACUGCAACUAGUACUACUGCAACUAGUACUACUGCAACUAGUACUACUGUAACUAGUACUAAUACAACUACUGCAACUAGUAGUAGUGCAACUAUUACUGCUGCAAUUAGUACUGGUGUAACUAGUACUACUGCAAAUAGUACUACUGCAACUAGUAAUACUUUAUCUAAUACUACUGCAACUAGUACUACUGUAACUAGUACUACUGUAACUAGUACUACUGCAACUAGUACUACUGCAUUUAAUACUACUGCAACUAGUACUACUGUAACUAGUACUACUGCAACUAGUACUACUGCAACUAGUACUACUGCAACUAGUACUACUGUAACUACUGGAACUAGGACUACUGCAACUAGCAUUACUGCAACUAGUACUGCUGUAACUAGUACUACUGCAACUAGUACUACUGUAACUAGUACUACUGCAACUAGUACUACUGCAACUAGUAUUAUUGGAACUAAUGCUACUGCAACUAGUACUACUGUAAUUAGAACUACUGCAACUAGUACUACUGUAAUUAGAACUACUGCAACUAGUACUAUUGUAACUAAUACUACUUCAACUAGUACUACUGUAACUAGUACUACUGCAACUAGUACUACUGCAACUAGUACUAUUGUAACUAAUACUACUGCAACUAGUACUACUGCAGCUACAUCUAUGCCACGGAACACUACUUCUCUGGCACCAACCACUACUUCACCACUAAGCACCACUACUUCACCACUAAGCACCAGUACUUCACCUCAAAGCACCACUACUUUACCUCAAAGCACCACUACUUCACCACUAAGCACCACUACUUUACCGAUAAGCACCACUACUUCACUGCUAAGCACCACUACUUCAACGCCAAGCACCACUACUUCACCACUAAGCAGCACUACUUUUCCUCUAAGUACCACUACUGCACUGAUAAGCACCACUACUUCACCGCUAAGCACCACUACUUCACCACUAAGCACCACUACUUCACCUCUAAGCACCACUACUUCACCUCUAAGCACCACUACUUCACCUCUAAGCACCACUACUUCACCUCUAAGCACCACUACUUCACCUCUAAGCACCACUACUUCACCGAUAAGCACCACUAUUUCACUGAUAAGCACCACUACUUCACCGCUAAACACCACUACUUCACCGCUAAGCACCUCUACUUCAACGCCAAACACCACUACUUCACCACUAAGCACCACUACUUCACCACUAAGCACCACUACUUCACCUCUAAGCACCACUACUUCACCACUAAGCACCACUACUUCACCUCUAAGCACCACUACUUCACCUCUAAGCACCACUACUUCACCGCUAAGCACCACUACUUCACCGCUAAGCACCACUACUUCACCGCUAAGCACCACUACCUCACCACUAAGCACCACUACUUCAUCUCAAAGCACCACUACUUCACCGAUAAGCACCACUACUUUACCGCUAAACAACUCUACUUCAACGCCAAACACCACUACUUCACUACUAAGCAACACUACUUCAACGCAAAUCACUACUGCUCUCAAUUCAAUAUCAACGUUAAGUUCCAGUACUAUCACCGCUAUUUCAACGUCCAGUACUAGUACUUCAACGCUAAUCACCACAACUCUCGCUUCUACUGUAACGGAGAGCAUCACUACUUCAACGCCAAGUACCACUGCUCCCAACAUCACUUCAACAGCUUCUACCUCCAUGCCUAGCUCAACUUCAACAAUUCCAAGCACCACUACUUCAACGCUUAAUACCACUACUUCAACGCUUAAUACCACUACUUCAACGCUUAAUACCACUACUUCAACGCUUAAUACCACUACUUCAACGCUUAAUACCACUACUUCAACGCUUAAUACCACUACUUCAACGCUUAAUACCACUACUUCAACGCUUAAUACCACUACUUCAACGCUUAAUACCACUACUUCAAUGCUUAAUACCACUACUUCAACGCUUAAUACUACUACUUCAACGCUUAAUACCACUACUUCAACGCUUAAUACCACUACUUACACGCUUAAUAACACUACUUCAACGCCAAGCACCACUACUAUAACUAAUACAACUUUAUUCCUCACUUCUCCCACGGCUUCUUCAACGCAAAUUGCCACAACUCUUCCUAACACUUCAGCGCUAAGCUCCACUGCUAUAUUCACUGCUAUGUCAACGCCCAGCACCACCAGUACAAACAAUAUUUUAACGUCAAGUACAAGAACUACUACUUCUACAGCUACUAUUAUAAUUACUACUACUGCUAUUCAAUACAACUACAUCUACUCCUGCUACUACUACUACUACUUCUACUUCUACCACUUCUUCUUCUACUAG